UUGAGCCCUGUGGUACGCCAAUACAACAUGCGAGGUAUGAGUCCGGCAAAUCACCACUGUGAACUGUUCCCUGUUUUCUGUUUGAGACGUGUGAGUGAUUUGAGAUGGGAAUUGUCACCUUGUAUCACAAGGCACCACUGGAGUAACUUUAGGGUUAGCAAAAGUGUAACCCGAGCCACGAGGCCGCAGAUAAAAAAAAUGCAGCGACGAGCAAAACUCUCGGCUUGAUAACGUCAGAGUGAUGGGAGAGAGGAGCAAGAGUUCUGACAAAUUUCUACAUAUUCAUUCAUAUGUCCGACGUGAAUAACAGCGUUUAGCGUCGGCUGUCCGCUACGGUGGGAACGCCAAACGGCUGCCUCGUCACAGAGCCAUCUGGUGCAUUGCGCACUUUUCCGCGGCUUGGCCGCGUUUAGCGAACAGGAAGGUCCAGACGAGCGCGAGGUGGAAAAGUAACAACAACUCCUGUCAGAUGUUGACGACGCACUGAUGUCAUCAUGUCUGGGUUAGACACGCCCCCUUGGCAGCGCCACGACGAUGCACGCGCCUGGACUGAAGACCAAGACGGCGACCUGACGGGGUGCGAGGGGCUGGAGAGGCGAUGGCUGCUGUGGCAAGGCUUCAUGAAGGAACACGCCCAGCUGGACACGUGGCUGCGAUUGGCCGAGGUGGUCGUGGCCUCCCACGACUGGAGCCGGGUCACGUACGCCGGGGCCAAGGACGACGUCAGGAGGUUUGAGAGGCUGCGGUGCGAGGCAGUAUCUCAAUUGGUUUGUCUGGACACGUUGACCCAGAGGAACCGGACCCUCACCGUGCUGUUCCAGGGCGCCAUGCGGGCCCGCCUGCUGGAUGCCGCCCGGGACUGCCGACGCAGAUGGGACCGCCUCAACUUCAAGCUGGAGUCCAUCAGCAGAAGACUCGAGGACCUGGUCUGCGAGUGGGAGGAGUUUGAGGAGGAGACUGAGGAGUUGGCCGUGUGGUUGGCUGAGAUGGAAGUUCGUCUGGUGGAGGUCCAACACGUGACUGGGAACGCGUGCGACAAACUGAAACAACUGGAGUCGUUCCGGCGGAGUGUGGGCCUGAAGUGCGCUCGCGUGAACGGCGUGUUGGAGCGCGGCGAGGAGCUGAUCCAGCGCGGCGCGCCGUGUGACGCUCGGCGGGUGGAGCGCCGCCUGCUGGAGCUUCUGCGCCAAUGCCGGCGUGUUGACGACAACGUGGGACGCGCACGUACGCGACUCCUCAGCAUGAGGCUGGUCUUUGAGGAUGACUUCCCGCUGAGUCCGCCUCCAGAUUCCGGCUGUCCGUCCGAGACACUGUUUGAGGACGAGGGCGAGCUUGGCAAAGUCCACCAGGACCUCUUCGUCAGUCCUAAAGACGACCGUCUUUAUCGUCGUGGGUCGCUUUCGCUGUCCUCUCCUUUCCACGAGCACUCGGCUCUGGAGUGGGACCCCUCGGUGGACGUGGGACGCGGCGACUUCUCCUACGAUGCUGCCGGCACAGGUCUCCAAGAAAGCACAAAGAGGCUGAGCUACUUUGGUUCCCUCGCCUCUGACGUCGUCCUGCCGCGCUUAAACGAGCCGCCGGUUCUCCCCGACGCGGAUGUCGCGAGCGGACCUGCGGCCCGCCGGGUCACCUCCACACCAGAACACGACGGCGAGCCCGACGGCCUCGACGGGCGCGUCAGGGCGUGGCUGGGAGUCCGGAGCCCCGUCCGUCCGUCCUGCUGUAAAGCCGUCCAGGCGGGCUGUCAGAGUGAAGAUGAGGAUGAGGAUGAGGAGAAACAAGAUGAGGACGACGACGAGUUCUGCUCCCGUGGCGGCCACCAAAGCAUGCGGGAGGCCCGACGGGCCGCCAAGCGCCUGCUGCUGGCCGCCUUGGCGUCCCUGCUGGCCUGCCUCUUCUGGAGCUGGCUGGCGCCCCCGUGCCGCGGCAACUUGCACCUCAGCUACGUCAACGGACCCCCGCCCACCUGAGCUGAGGUCCGCUAACGCCAUCGAAUUUUCUUGUUCAUCUAACUUGUGGUGGCACUUUCCCAAAAGCGGAGCCUUGUUAGCUGCUCGAGUUUGGACUCCAUCUUGGAGACGAUUCGGGAGUUUUAGCGUAAAAAUUGUGGUCCAUGUUGAAUAUUAGUGGCUAACGUCGGUGACUUGGAUGCUAACUAGCGUGUUUUUAGCUGGCUGACUCCAAAUAGGAUUAGCAUGCAGUCUCUGAAGUCGCGUUUGCCGGUGCCUUGACGGUUUUCAUGAAGUAAAAACUUUUUUUUUUUUUUUUUUUUGGUAAUUCUUCAAGUUUUGAUGCUUGUAAAAUGUGUCAAUCAAACGUCUUCCACUGUAUGAAAAUGUAUACAAAAGUGAACCAAAUAAAACGUCCUUAGCAUUUCCUGA